AUGGUUUUGCUCAAGGGAAAUGCUUCCUUGGUUUCAAUACCUAAGUAUGUUGCUUUCAAGGGUCAUAAUGGUUGCUACCUCAGUUCUCGUUGGAUUGAAGGUCAUCAAUAUCACCAAUUUUCAUCAAGUGAUAUUGGCGAUUCUAGGGUUCGAAUGGAAACGUUCAUCACAAAAGAUGGAAAUAUUAGAAUUAAGUCAAAUUACUUUGGAAAAUUUUGGAGACGUAGUCCUAAUUGGAUUUGGGCUGAUUCGACUGACACCACAACCGACGAUCCUGAUACUUUGUUUUGCCCAACUAAAAUUGAUAACCAUGUGAUCGCUCUUCGUAACUUGGGUAAUAAAAACUUUAUCAAGAGGUUCACAUAUGAAUACAAGACAAGUUGUCUUAAUGCUGCUACGGACUCAAUUGAUGCAUAUUCCCGAUUACACAUGGAAGAGCCUAUUCUUGAAAGAGAAAUUUAUGAUAUAAAUUUCCAUCCUGCCGAUUCAAGAAUCUAUGAUCAAACUGUACUUGUUAUGGCCACUGGGAAUGGUACCAACCGAACAGAAGUACCCAACACAAUGAACUUGAAUCUAUCGUAUAUUGAAACCGAAUCAAGCACGUGGAGUUCUUCGAUCUCUAUUAAAUUGGGUGUUAAAACAAGUAUUGAAACAGGAAUUCCUCGUAUUGUUGAUGGAAAGGUUGAAGUAUCGUCUGAGUUUACUGGAUCAUACCAAUGGGGAAAAACUAUAACAAAAACGCAGACAAUUGGAAGCACAUAUCAAAUAACUGUGCCACCAAAAACUACUGUGAUUGUCAGUUUGUUGGCAACUACAGGUAAAUGUGAUGUUCCCUACUCGUAUAGUCAACGUGACACUCUCAUUAAUGGGGAAAUAAAAUAUUAUGAAAUGGAUGAUGGUGUAUACCACGGUGUCAAUAGCUACAAUUUCACAUAUGAAACGAAAAGCAAACCAGCAAGUUAA